GUGCGCGUCGUUGUUGGUAGCAUGUGUGUUGCUGGAAUGUGAAAAUACGUUGGGAUUUUUCGAUGUACGAAGUUUAAUUCAAAUGAUAUAAUUAAUUGGAAUGCUGAAGCAUUUAAUCUGAUACCGGCAAAGGACAGGAAAUAUAACCUGCAGUAAAUCUUGUAAAUGUGGCAGGUACCAUCAUCAUCACGUCAAAAAUGCGUUGUGGAACAAAUGCAACCGUGUCCCCAGCACAAGUCGAUCUCGUUACGUUCACGCCGUUAUCCGCCUCAACCUCCUCAAACACUCCUCCAUUUUCCACCCCCUCCUAAUUAUCCUCCCCCGCAACCGAUGGAUCCCCGGAUACCAGACGAUCACUUUCUUAAUUUACCGGGGCCUUCUACAUCUCAUCAUCAUCAUCAUCCUGUCCUCGAACCUACCACAUGGGACUACUCCUACGCCUAUUACGAGCCGGGUCCUCCCAAAAAACAUACCAAUAUCCCUAACAAAUAUCCGGGGGGUAGGGAACCGCGGGACGGUCCUUAUCGUGAAGGGUCCUACCGAUCAAAGCACACGUAUUUAACACGGUAUGGAACCGAAGAGAAUAUCUACGAAGAAAUUAGCGAGGUAGCUCGGGCGAGAAUGAACGCAGCUAGGCAUCAGCAGUCAAUAAUGUCGUUAAACCAAAGUCUUGUGGAAGAGGAAGUUCGUAGGGUGCAAUCGGGUCACAAAAGGGUUUUGGAAGAGUUGAAUCUUUCGGUAGAAGCAAUGCUUAUGCCUAGCAGUCGAGAAGGUAGUGACGAUUCAACCAAAGAAACGGACGAUCAACUCGCGGAUCUGUUUAGUGUCGGUCCUACGGACGAAUUGUUAUCGCCGGUGCCGUCGGGAGGCGAUCUAGAUAGUGGUUUUAGUGGUAGUUCCAGUGGUGCUAGUUACAGAAGUGCAGCGGGUAGUCUUCGUCGUGGCCCAUCGCAACAGAAAAAGCUCGCGAUCGAUUCGAAAUCGGGCGAUUGUGCGUCUGGUAGUAAAGGAUUUUUUAGUCGCAAAGCCUGGAAAAAGUUAACAGGAUUUUCAAGUGGAGCAAGUUCGAACAAGCAAACCGGGGAACCCUUUGUCAGGAAGAAAAGUCUCGAUAGCCUUAAGGAUGAACCUCGGGUUCGUUCUGGAACCUGGGAAGAAGCAACACCUGAACGAAGAAUGGCGCCACCACUGGGUCACUCCCGCACCUUGCACCAUUCCAUGUCUCAGAGAAGUUCCGAAGACAGCUGGUGUUCAGGGUCAGAUGUUGAACUCUCCUCCGAGGACGAGAGCGAUCGAAGCAUCACAUCUAGUACAAGAGGUAGCGGUCAGUUAAGAAAUACUUUAAAUAAGGCCAGAACACUUUGUGAUAAAUGGAGAGGAAGUGGAGGGGCAGGAAGUAAUAACAAAAUAAAUAUAGAUUCCAAUAUCCCGCUUGAAUCAAUCUCUCCUCAAAACUUCGCCAAUCAAGGAAGAUUAUCCAGGUGGUUUUCUAUUCGGAGGAGUUCGGUUCAUCAAUAUGAUAUUGAUAACACGUCUGAAUGUCCAAAAACACCCCAAAAUACCAAUAAAAUGCCUUUACUACCAGAGGUUGAAGAGGAAAAUUUUAUAAACUGUUCAGGCCAACAGCGGAGACAAGUUCCCCCAACAUUACCCCCAUCUCCUCCAAAUUUGAGUCCUCAACAGUUAAAAAGGCGAAUGAUAGUUGCCGCAAUUGUACAUAGCGAAAAUACAUACGUAGCAGCGUUGCAAAGGCUUGUGAAUGAUUAUAAAAAACCGCUGCAAGAAACUCAUCCGCCUAUUUUAAACGGUUCAAAAAUAUCGAUUUUAUUUCACAAGUUAUCGGAAAUUCUUCAGUGCCAUAUCUUAUUUCGAAUUGCUCUGGCAACUUGUGUUCAAAAUUGGGAUAGAGAUGAAAAAAUUGGUGAUGUUUUUGUCGCUUCCUUUUCCAAAUCUAUCGUUUUGGAAAUAUACAGCGAAUUCAUUAACAAUUUCUCCGUUGCUAUGGACCUAGCUAAAAUGGAAGCCAAAAGAAAAUCCGCGUUGGCAGAUUUUCUUAAGGUGAAACAGAUCAGUUCGCAUGAUCGGUUGUCAUUCUUUGGUCUAAUGGUGAAACCUGUUCAGAGAUUUCCACAAUUUAUAUUAUUUUUGCAAGAUUUACUAAAGCAUACACCUCAAGGACACCACGACAGGAUGUCGCUACAACUAGCGCUAACUCAACUCGAAUCAUUAACAGAAAUGUUGAACGAAAGAAAGAGAGAAUCUGAACAAUUCCAAGCGUUUAAAGAGAUGUUAAGGAAUAUCAGCGGAAAAUUCUCAAUUAGACCCCUCUCUGAUGGCAACAGAUAUCUUAUUCGUGAAGAUAACGUUACCCAAUUGGAAUUUAAUCAAUGUGGUAUGAUAACAAAAACUAAAAGUCGGCGAUUACUUUUGCUGAACGAUUUGAUUGUGUGUGUUGCUGUAACUCCAAAAUCAUUAGACAAUUUUGGUGCUGGUGAAAGACUGAAUCUUAAAUGGACUCAUCCUGUAUCUGAUAUAGAAAUACAAGAUACAAGCGCCUCCCCAACUUUAAGUCGAAUAUUGACAGCAGGAGUUAACCGAGGAGGUAGUUUAAGAUCCAACAAUUCCUUUGAUGGGACUCAACCGUCUCAAGGUGCGGACAAUCUUUGCACAGAAAUGAGCAAUUUAAUGCACGACUACGAGGCUGUGAGUCGGAUUUCUGACUUAGUUGGCACCCUAAGAGGCUCUUACAGAGACCUAUCUGUUGAUAACAUGAGAAAAGUUCUUCACCAAAUUCAAAAAGAAAUUCAAAAAAAAGACGAGGAAAUGGCAUGGAUGGAUUCCUGUUGCUUACAAUUAAUGGUAAAAGGCAAGGCAAAAGAGGAAAUUUUCACGUUUCAAGCUGAAAGUCCCGCAGUGAAGAGGGAAUGGAUCACAGAACUGAGAUUAGCUCAGCUGGCUCUCGAUCCUAAUAAUUCGCCUUCGUGGGAUAUUCCUGAACAGGAACAGAGACCUUCCACGAAAAUGCCGCUCUUUGUGAAAGCACAGAAAGUUUACAAAUCACAGCACCAAAGUGAAGUCCGCUGUGGUUGUUUCUACACUGUGAACUCACCAAAAUUAUCAAGAAGACGCACUCGUAGCAACAGUUAUUUAUGGCUGUGCACAUCAGACGGUGCUAGUAGCCAUAUAAAAGUCUUAAGUCAGCACCAUCAACAGUCUGGUACACUAAAAGACUUCUCUUCAUUUUCACUUGUGGAAACACAAGUCACUGCGAUGGAGCAUGUAAAAGGCGUUCAACCCCCUUGUCCUUCUUUAGCAGUUGAUACUGUUUGGAUGGGGACAGAUAGCAGAAGGCUUAUACUUUACGCCGGAGAUGAACCAGAAAAGCAGGAAGAAGUUGGGAGUUCUGUCGUACCAGACGUUAUCAUUCAAAUAAAGUAUCACUGUGAUAACGUCUUUGUUGCACUUGGGAAUGGAACUUUACUAAUCUAUCGAAGAAAUCCGAUUGAUAGUGCAUGGAUCCUCAAAGAUCCACAAAUUCUUAAUUUAGGUCAUGAUCCUGUUUCAAGCUUGUUACCCAUUAAUUAUAGUUUAUAUGCUGGCUGUGGCAAAAAAGUUUGGGUGGUUAACAGCGUUACAGGCGAAAUUCAAAAGAACUUUAGUAUUCAACAUGAACAUGGAGGAAACGUUAACUUGAUGACUCACAGUGGUAUUGGAUUAUGGAUUUCACUAAAAAAUUCUAGCACUGUUUGUCUAUACCAUACUGAAACGUUUAAGCAUCUUCAAGACAUCAAUAUUGCGUCCAACGUGUUGAGGUCGACAGCAACGAACAGAAAUUCCGGUUGCUAUAUAAAUGGUGGACACACAGAUGUGUAUGUAACAGCGCUCUUAGCUUGCAAAGGGCUUUUAUGGGUUGGCACAAAUGUAGGAAUAAUUCUAACAAUCCCGUUACCUCGCUUAGAAGGUGUUCCUAUUAUUAGCGGGAGAAUGAACAUCUCGUAUCAUGCUCAUUUUGGCCCAAUUACUUUCCUUCUUGCUUUACAACCUAAGAAUGGUAUUGUAAACCCAACAAAACGGGCAUCUAAAGAGAUACGGGAAGAAGUUACAGUUCAUAGGGCUGACCCUGACACUAUGAACCCAAGCAUAAACGGAUCUUCAACGCCAGAAGUAAAUAAAGAAAAAGAAAAUCCAGAAACCUCAGUGGCAGCCAUGACGGCAAAAUUACGACAGCAACUUACUAAUAGUCCUGUAGUUUUACGAAGAAAACGUUCCAAAGAUGGCGAUAUUUCCCGUCUUUCGAAAACAUUACCUAGAAGCAUAGGCAACGGAGGAUCCAUCUUUUCGUCAAGCUCUGCUUCUUCUCACGGAUCAGGAGACACUUGUGAUGUCUAUGGAUUAUAUGGGGAUCUCAUGUACGUAAAAGACUAUGAGGGAGAGGAGAAUAUAUACGAGUCUCUAAGACGAAGCGAUCCUGAACUUGCAAUGAUCCCAGGAAAAGUAAGCACCCUUGAUAGAAGGCUAAAAAUGAAAGUCAGUCGACCAAGAUCUCUUGAUUUGUCCAAUUGGUCGGUUGACUCGAGAUCGUCGAGUUUGUACACUUCUUCUGGUAGUGAGGAAAGCAUGGCCAUGAGGAAUAGUGUGGGACGUAGCAGUAUAUCAAGAAAUAACUCCAACGUAAGUAGACAGUUGAAUGAUGUAUGUGAAAAUAGUGUUUCUAUGGAAAAAGAACCAAAGCCAAACGUAACUAGUUUUAAUAAUUGUAGUAAUAGUAACAAUAACAAUAGUAAUAGUAAUAGUAAAACAGUUCAGAACUGUAAGACUUGGAGUGGUGGUCGGGGUGCCGCUGAAGCGAAUACCCGUAGGACAAUUAUCACCUUAAUGGGAGGUCGAGGGUAUGUGAAUUGGAGGCAGCCCUGUUGCCCUUCCGAUAAGUCUAAGAAUUCAUUCUCAAUUCGGGAGACCAACAAUAACGACGCUCAUAUUGUAAUAUGGGAACUUAAAUUGUGAUGAGUUGAAAGAGGCCUGAGUAACAAAUUUAAUGUUAAAUAAACGUUUAUAUUUAUGUC